AGUGGCUGAUUAAUUUUAUGGCUGAGUAAGAUAUCCCUGAAGUUUCCUGAACGCGCACAGUGGCGAUGCAAAAUUACCGUAUUUUUCACCGUAAUUAUCGCACAUUAUUUUAAAUACGCUUUAAAACUAUUAGUUCCAGUAAUGGUGUAUUUUAAGUGCCUGACCUUGAGACGUCUAUUUGCUGCAUUUGCUAACAGAUACAGAAAGGUAGAAUAUUUUUGGCAAAUACAAUCUACCUAUUUUCUAGGCCUUCUCUGGGCAAAUACUGUUCGUUGUUGCGUGUAAAAAUAGACCGAGGCACAGACUGAAGGGAAGUCGCUUACUUAGCCUUUAAUAACCGUGUGAGCGUUCAGCGUUCAAGGAACACAGCGGUUGGCCGACCGCUGAGUAGGUAUUUUGCUCAGAGGCUGACUUUUUUGAGUGUAAAACGAGACCGUUUAGGGAAACCACCUCAGCCGCUGACCGUCCCUGAACGCGCCCCUUGUACUCAGCCGCUGACCAUCCCUGAACGCGCAUACCGGCGUACCCUGAAGCACUUGAAGAUACUUAUAACCAUCUUAUAACUUAUAACGUAAUGUUGAACGAUCGCAGAACAGACAGUAGACUACUGGUAGGCAUGUGGUAGACUACUGUCAAUAGUUCAGUUUUGUAUUCUGUGGAAAACUGACAGGCCCACUUAAACAAACUGACAAAACUGACGACAAAUGUUGACAGAGGACAGAGCUGAUAAUUAAAAUUCCGCGGGAAAUUGGAUGCUCUAGUCUGCCUUUUAGUUUAUUUUAUUAUUUUAUGGCUCUGAUUUGGAUUUAGAAACAAAACGUUCUGUGAAUCUCAAAUCUUGUUGAAAUAUAUAUAUAUAUAUACCUUAAAAUUUAAGUCUACAGCGUUUUAAACGCCAGCAUGGGUAUUUUAAAUUUGUCAAAACUUUUAGCAGAUAUUGCUCCACAAGCUAUUAAAGAAACUGAUAUUAAGACAUAUUUUGGGCGAAAGAUAGCUAUCGAUGCAUCUAUGUCUCUUUAUCAGUUCCUCAUUGCAGUAAGGUCAGAAGGAGCUCAGUUAACAACGGCAGAUGGAGAGACAACAUCUCAUUUGGUAGGAAUAUUUUACCGAACAAUCAGACUUCUCGAGCAUGGAAUUAAACCUGUGUAUGUUUUUGAUGGUAAACCACCAGAACUGAAAAGUGGUGAACUUAAUAAGCGUAUGGAAAAACGGGCCGAAGCACAAAAGAUGUUAGAUAAAGCAACUGAGGCGGGCGAUACUGCUGAGAUGGAUAAAUUUAACAGAAGAUUGGUAAAAGUUACUCGUAAACACAAUGAUGAAGCUAAGCAGUUAUUAAGUUUAAUGGGUGUACCAUAUAUUGAAGCUCCAUGUGAGGCUGAGGCUCAAUGUGCAGCUCUGGUAAAGGCAGGGAAGGUUUUUGCAACAGCAACUGAAGAUAUGGAUGCUCUCACAUUUGGUUCGACUGUCUUAUUGCGUCAUAUGACUUAUAGUGAGGCAAGGAAGAUGCCAAUACAAGAGAUACACUUGGAUAAAGUGCUGGAAGGCUUGGAACUCUCACAUAAUGAAUUUAUAGAUCUCUGUAUAUUAAUGGGUUGUGAUUAUGCAGACAGUAUUAGAGGUAUUGGUCCUAAAAAAUCAAUUGACUUAAUAAAGCAGCAUAAGAACAUUGAGACAAUUUUGAAAAAUAUAGAUGUAGAAAAAUAUCGUCCUCCUGAAAACUGGAAUUACCAGAGUGCCAGAGAAUUAUUUUAUAACCCAGAAGUAACAGAUCCAAAUAAAUUUGAGCUAAAAUGGUCUGAACCUGAUCAGGAGGGCAUGAUUAAAUUUCUUUGUGGUGACAGACAAUUUAGCGAGGACAGAAUAAAAAAUGGGUUUAGUAAAUUGGUGAAGGCGCGUGGUACAAGCACUCAGGCUAGACUGGACGGUUUCUUUACAGUUUUGGGGUCUACUCCAGCAAAAAGGAAACAGGAGGAGAAGAAAGGUACACCAAAUAAACGAGGCAAAGUUGGAGGUAAAGGUAGAGGAAGGCCCAAAUAAAUUUUUCUUUUAUUUAUUAAAUUUUCUCGAUAAAAUAUAUAAAGUCUCGAGGAUAUGAAAUACACCCCUAGGCAAAAAAUUUCACUAUAUACCCUUGAUUUUUUGUCAACAUUUUAAAUACAUCUAAAAUUACAGCAGUCAGUUUGUAAAAAAAAUAUCCUCAAUUUUCCCAUAGGUUGUUUUGCAAUUAUAAUAUUAAUAAUAAUUUAUUCAUGUCACAAUUACAUCAUAAAAUUGGUCAAAUUUUCCAUAUAAUAAUUAGUUAGACAAUACUGCCUGACGCUGCAAUAAAAUUGCUACAUCCGUUGAACUAAAUUUCCUAAAUCUACUAAAUAUAAUAAAUUAUAAUUAAAUAAUGUUACGUUUUUCGUCGGUUCCGUGUGGAUAAAAAGUCAAAUUUAUUUAAACACAAUUUAUUUUACACUAAAUAACAGAACAAUAAAGAUAAAAUACUUAUAGAACUAUUUACAAACUUAUUUACAACUAUUUAUCUAAACGGGAUUUUUUUGAAUUUAUUUUAAAAGGCGUGAGCACGACUAUCGUAUCUGAUUGUUUCUGUCCUGGUACCGGCCUCGGUUUAUAUACCCAAAGACAGAGAGCCUAGAAUAAUCCAGUCUUUGCUUAGCCGCUGUUCCUUAUCUUUCUCGUGAGUUCGCAAGGUCGAAAUAGGGGCAGGGCAUAUUAGUCCGAGGGCCGAGUCCUCAAAAAUAAUAUAAUAAUAUAUAUAACAAAAAACAAUGUUUUGAUUAUACACCUGUAUAAUACAACAUAUACAAAGAAUGUUAUUAUAAUAGUAAAUAAAAAUGCAGUAAAUAGACCUACAAACUGUAAAAGAAUCAUGAAAAUCAGAUGAAUAAUAACAAAGUUAUAAAUCAUAAAAUUGGACACAAAUUUUACAGUGCCCGAAAUAUUUUGUCAGGGGAUGUGUAUACAAUAAUUUUUCUAAUAUAAGUUAUUUUUGUGAUUUCCGUUUUUAUUGUUUAAUGCAAAUAAAAUUAGAAUCCUCA